UCAUUUACAUUUGUGGGCAUGUAUUCGCACCCAGCAGCUUCCGCUUACUUUCCUUUCUCUCUUCACAAACAAUUUGUUAUUAAUUAAUUAACAGUUUAGUGUUAACCACAUACAUACGCACAUACACCACAAUUCACUUCUCUUCAACCUUCAAACUAUGGCAUCCGCCUCUUCUUCCGCUUCAAUCCCACCACGACGAUCAUGCACCUAUCACGUGUUCUUGAGUUUCAGAGGAGAAGACACUCGCACUGGCUUCACUGGCCAUCUCUAUGCGGCCCUCAACAGGAAGGGAAUCACAACCUACAAAGAUGACAAAAACCUUCGCAAAGGCCAUGUUAUUUCAAAAGAACUCCUCAAAGCAAUUGAAGAGUCCAUGUUUGCAGUCAUUGUUUUCUCACGGGACUACGCUUUCUCCAGUUGGUGCUUGGACGAGCUCCAAAAGAUCAUUGAGUGUCAGAACCAGGUGGGACUACAGAUCAAGGCAGUAUUCUACGGUGUGGAGCCUUGUGAUGUGAGGCACCAAAGAGGAACCUUUGAGGAAGCUUUCAAGAAACACGAAGAGCGACAUGACCGUGAGAAAGUCAAGAGAUGGAGAGAGGCGCUAACACAAGUUGCUGCUCAUUCUGGUUGGACCUCCAAAAAUAAGGACGAAGCAGUACUUGUGGAAAAUAUUGCUCAACAUAUAUUUGAAAUAUUGAUUCCUAAGUUGCCAUCUUCAAUGAAGAAUCUUGUGGGAAUUAAUUCAAGAGUGAAACAAGUGAUUACUCUCCUAGGCCUUGGAUUGAAUGAUGUUCGCUUUAUAGGCAUAUGGGGAAUGGGUGGCAUGGGUAAGACCACUAUUGCUAGAGCUGUCUUUGAAACCAUUCGAUGUAGAUUUGAAGUUACUUGCUUUCUUGCCGAUGUAAGGGAGAACUGUGAGAAAAAAGAUAUUACUCACUUGCAAAAGCAACUUCUUGAUCAAAUGAAUAUAAGUUCAAAUGCUGUUCAUAACAAGUAUGAUGGGAGGACAGUAAUUCAAAACUCUUUACAUCUGAAAAAGGUACUUCUUGUUGUUGAUGAUGUAAAUCAUGAAAAACAAUUAGAGGAUUUGGCUGGGGAGCGAGAUUGGUUUGGUCCUGGAAGCAGAAUAAUAAUUACAACUAGAGACGUAGAGGUGCUAAAGGGACCAGAGGUGCAUGAAACUUAUAAGGUUGAAGGGUUAGUGGAAAGUGAAGCCCUUAACCUCUUUUGUCUGAAAGCCUUUAAACAGCAGGAGCCUACAGAAGGGUUUUUGGAUUUGUCUGAAGAAGUGGUCAAGUACAGUGGUGGUCUUCCAUUGGCACUCAAAGUGUUGGGUCCCUAUCUUAAUGGUAGACCUACUAUUGCGGUUUGGUAUAGUGCUAUUGAAAGAAUAAAGAAGUCUUCACAUUCUGAAAUUAUUGAUGUAUUGAAAAUAAGCUAUGAGGGUUUAGAAGAUACAGAAAAGGAUAUUUUUCUAGAUAUUGCUUGUUUCUUUAAAGGAUGGGAGAAACAUCAUGUAACAGAGAUAUUAAAAAGAUGUGGUCAUGAUGCUGAAAUCGGUAUUGAUAUUUUGAUUAAUAGAUCAUUGAUCACUAUAGACAAAUAUGAUUAUGAUUAUUGGUUGGGGAUGCAUGAUCUGCUUGAAGAAAUGGGCAAACGAAUUGUAAUUCAGGAAUCUCAGAAUGAUGUUUGUAAGCGUAGCAGAUUGUGGUGUUUGGAGGAUGUUGAAUUUGUACUUACUCAAAAGAAAAAAACUAAAGCAACUCAUGGCAUCGUUUUACAUAAGAAGUAUAGUGAGACUGAAGUGAAUCGGAGAGAUUUAUCUUUCUCAAAAAUGUGCCAGUUAAAGCUUCUCAUUUUAGAUGGCGUGAAAGCUCCCAUUCUCUGCGAUAUUCCUUGUACAUUAAAGGUAUUUCGCUGGAGAUAUUGUCCACUGAAAACUCUGCCCCUUACAGAUCAUCAACGCUAUGAACUUGUUGAAAUUAAUCUGUCUUAUAGCAAAAUUGUAGAGUUAUGGGAUGGAAAGAAGGUUCUAAAAAAGUUAGAGCACUUGUUUCUGUCAUGGUGCAAUCUGACGCAAACGCCAGAUCUUUUUGGGGCUCCCAAUCUUAAAAAACUUGAUCUUUCGGGAUGCGUGAAGCUGGAUUAUAUUCACCCGUCUCUCGUACACCACAAGAGGCUUGUUGAAUUGAAUUUAAGUUACUGUAGAAGUCUUGAAACACUUGGAGAAAAAUUGGAGAUGAGUUUACUGGAAAAACUAGAUCUAUAUGAGUGCAGUAGUUUGAGAAGACUGCCAGAUCUUUCUGGGGCUCCCAAUCUUAAAAAACUUGAUCUUUGGCAAUGCGUGAAGCUGGAUUAUAUUCACCCGUCUCUCGCACACCACAAGAGGCUUGUUGAAUUGAAUUUAGGUGAAUGUAGGAGUCUUGAAACACUUGGAGAUAAAUUGGAGAUGAGUUUGCUGGAGAAACUAGAUCUAAGGUUCUGCAGUAGUUUGAGAAGACUGCCAGAUCUUUCGGGGGCUCCCAAUCUUAAAAAACUUGAUCUCGAGAAAUUCGAGGAGCUGGAUUAUAUUCACCCGUCUCUCGCACACCACAAGAGGCUUGUUGAAUUGAAUUUAGGUGAAUGUAAGAGUCUUGAAACACUUGGACAAAAAUUGGAGAUGAGUUUACUGGAAAAACUAGAUCUAUUUGAGUGCAGUAGUUUGAGAGGACUGCCAGAUCUUUCUGGGGCUCCCAAUCUUAAAAAACUUAGUCUUUGGAAUUGCAAGAAGCUGGAUUAUAUUCACCCGUCUUUGGCACACCACAAGAGGAUUGUUGAAUUGAAUUUAAGACAAUGUGGGAGACUUGAAACACUUGGAGAUAAAUUGGAGAUGAGUUCACUCGAGAAACUAGAUCUAUACUCCUGCAGUAGUCUGAGAAGACUGCCAGAAUUUGGGGAAUGCAUGAAACAGUUAUCGAUUCUUAAUCUGACAGGUACAGGUAUAGAAGAGCUAUCCCCAACGCUUGGAAAUUUGGCUGGCGUGUCUGAGUUGUACUUAACUUGGUGCUACAAGAUUACUGGUCUUCUCUUAUCACUCGGAUGUUUCGUUGGCCUAAAAAAGUUGGUGUUAGGUAGUCUUCCAGAGAAAACUGAUGGGUUAGAGUCCCUCACAGUCAGAGCUGAUUAUGAUGAUUCUGACAGCUCAUCUUUGAGUAGCCUGACCCUUUCCUCGGAUAUUGGCUCAUCUAGAGAAGAGUCGACCCUUUCCAAUGAUAUUGGCCACUUAGCGUCGUUGACGGAUUUGGAUUUAUCUGAGAGCAGUUUUUUAAGAGUUCCAAUAACUAUCCAUCAACUUCCCAGACUUACACGUCUGGAUCUAUCUUAUUGCAAACAAUUGGAGGUUUUACCAGAGCUUCCAUCAAGUCUACGAGAAUUAGACGCACGGGAUUGUUAUUCACUAGAUGCAUCAAAUGUUGAUGAUGUCAUAUCAAAGGCGUGUUGUGGCUUUGCAGAAUCAUCGAGCCAAGAUCGUGAAGACGUCUUGCAAAUGUUGAUCCAUGGGAAGGAAAUUCCAGCAUGGUUUGAGCAUCAGGAAGAAGGUAGUAUUGUAUCAGUGUCAUUCCCGCAGAAUUGCCCUUCAAUUGAAACCAUCGCACUUGCUCUCUGUUUCCUAAUUGAAAUUGAAGAAGAUAUUGACGCAGAAAAUCCAUCGGUGAUCUGCAACGGUAAAGAAUUCAUCAACGCGAGUUUAGACGUGUUCGAUUGUUCAGAUCAUUUGUUCAUUGUGUGCGUGAACGGUUACUAUUUUAGUAAGCUGUUAUGCCAACACAAUCGCUUCCAAUUGGUAAGUUCACAUUAUCAUUAUCAUCUUGAUAUAGGACGUAGAUAUGGAGCACAUUGGGUGACUAAGCAAGACGUUGAAGGUUUCAAGAAAACAAAAUCAAAAACUGGGAAAAGGAAAGCAACUAUGGACAUCAUCUCACAUUCUUCACCUUCUACUUCUGGGAAUAAGAUGCUCGUCGUUGCCCCUCCACAGUAUGAACAAGAGGAAGAGCCAACCGCCACAGCAGAGGGCCCUAUCCGCCAUUUGGCAUCUCGCAAAAGCUCUCACCCACCCCCCUUUGCAUCCCAGUUCUCAUAGCUCAUGACAGGUUUCUCAAUAUAUUAAAUGUAUGGUUCCCCAGAUUUGAAGCUUUUCACAUAGCUCAUUGCAUCCAUCCAACUGCCAUGUGAUACCCAGAAACUUAAAAGGAUAUUAGUUCCCUGAGGAAUUAAAGUGAUCUCGAUUUUCGGGUCUGUAAACUUGAAACAUCAGCAAGGAGUAAAUUCACUCCAUGUCAAUCUGCAUCUGGUGUUGUGUAAAUUUGAGUUUGAUGUAACCAUGUAUGGGACUAUUUGGAUUCAUAAAUUAUGAAAUUGUUUGUAUGUUAAUAUUCUAGAAAAAUGAUGUCAAACUAAAACCCUUUUUACCUUUUUUGUUAUGUUCCUUAUGAGAGAUUUUAUUUUCUAAGAAGCAAAAGAG